CCAACCGACCUGCUCACUGUCAUCACCCCGCUGAGGAAAGGAAGGAAGGAAGGAAGGAAGGAAGGAAGGAAGGAAGGAAGGGGCUGGGAUGCCGAUGGUUUCAUCUGGGCGGCGACUGGAAAGGAAAGUUCAGUGUGUUUCUUGGUCUCAGAUGUGGUGGUGGGGGGGGGGAUAUUUCUUCUAAAUUCACAUCUUCCACCGAGGCUCGCGACUGACCGACGUCCACAUCUGCAGUUUCCCUCCAACAUCCAUCAGCUGUCAAAGCCCCCCCAGCACACAAGAACCAAAACAGAAAUCGUAAGAAAUGGACCAAGAUAAUCCGAACCAAAGCCAGACACAAGAAUCCAACCCAAGUGGAGGAGCAGAAGCUUUAACAACAACCCCAGCUCCAUCAUCAAAUACAGCAGCUCCAGCCACUGAUUCCACCGCCGGCCAGCCUGGAGCUCUUGCCAGGCCUCGACGGCCGCAGAGAAGCGCCAGGGUAGAGGGCUCUGUAGAUAUCUCCGAACCCAAAGCUGAGCCCAAAGCUGAGCCCAAAGCUGAGCCCAAAGCUGAGCCCAAAGCUGAACCCACUCCUGCGACGGACCAAGAAGAGUGCACUCCUGAUGGCACUGCAGCAAGUCGUCCUAAUCCCUCUCGCCCUGCAGCAGUCAAACCUUUAGGAGAGCGCAGCGGGCCCAGCAUUAAGGCUGGUCCUAAAGGUCAUGGCCACCACCCAGUUAGGGCUGCCUCAGUCCCUCACCCACCUUCCAGCAGGCCUGCGCCUCCUCACCUGAACCCUCAUGCACAGAGAGCCCUCUCUGUAGCGGGUACAGCUGACACUCAGGCCCAGACUGUGGAGGACUUCAGGGUGCAUAUCAUCACUUGGAAUGUCGGUUCGGCCACGCCGCCCGAUGACAUCACUUCCUUGCUGGGGCUGCACGUGGGUGAUGGAAACACAGACAUGUACAUUAUCGGGCUGCAGGAAGUGAACUCUAUGAUUAACAAAAGGCUGAAAGAUGUCCUCUUCACAGACCAGUGGAGCGAGGUCUGCAUGGAGAGACUCAGCCCCUUUGGUUAUGUGCUGGUGACCUCCCAGCGGAUGCAAGGGUUGUUACUGCUGAUCUUUGCCAAGUACUUCCAUCUGCCCUUCCUCCGCGGAGUCCAGACUGAAACCACCCGCACUGGCCUGGGGGGUUACUGGGGGAAUAAAGGUGGUGUGAGCGCCCGCAUGUCAGUGUACGGCCACACCAUCUGCUUCCUCAACUGCCACCUGCCGGCUCACAUGGAAAACUCAGAUCAGCGCAUGGAGGACUUUGAGAGCAUCCUUCAGCAGCAGCAGUUUGAGGGUCAGGCUGCCACCGGGGUUCUUGACCACGAUGUGGUGUUCUGGUUUGGGGAUCUCAAUUUCCGUAUUGAUGACCUGGAUAUGCAAGUGGUAAAAUCAGCCAUUGAUAACAACAAGUUUCCAAUGUUGUGGGAAAAGGAUCAGCUCAAUAUGGCCAAAGACAGUGAGACAGUGUUGGAGGGUUUCCAAGAGGGGCCGCUGAAAUUCUCUCCCACCUACAAGUUUGACGUUGGAACAAAUACAUAUGACACAAGCGGGAAGAAGCGUAAACCAGCUUGGACCGACCGGAUCCUGUGGCGCUUGAGAGCCACCGCACCUGCUCUUGGCGCCGGGAAGCGUGGCUCCAUUUCGGGGCUGACCAGCGGGACCAAAGUGACACAGCACUACUAUAGAAGUCUCAUGGAAUACACUGUCAGUGACCACAAACCAGUCUCCUCCAUCUUUACCCUACAGUUCCCAUACAAGGUGGAUAUCCCCCUGGUCACAAUCAUAGUGGAGGAUGAGUGGAACUGUGUUGCUGAUGCCAUAGCAAAAUUCAAAAUGGCGCCCAACUUCUCUCGCAGCUCCUGGGACUGGAUUGGACUGUACAAGGUGGGUUUCAAACACCAUAAGGACUAUGUGGGAUAUGUUUGGGCCAAGCAAGAGGAAGCUGAUUUUCAUCGACAAGAACAUGAGGUAACCUUUACAGAGGAGGAAUUGCCCAAAGGCUCAGGGGACUUUAUCUUGGGUUACUAUAGCAACAACAUGAGCACCCUUGUGGGUGUAACAGAGCCAUUUCAGAUCCAGCUUCCCACUUCAGGCCUUGACAACAGUUCUUCAGACAGCUCUGACUUCAGCUCAGAAGAUGACAGCACUGUUGUCCUCAUGAAGACGAGGUCCCGCAGCCCCAGUCCACGCAAGAGCAAGCACCGCAGCCAUCGCAGCUGCACCCCCAGCCGCAGCCGUUCCGGCAGCCCUGCACAGGCCAAGAUAAAAGAGCUCAAGGUCACUGAUGGUUCUCCGUCCAGCACCACUAAAGCAGCAGCUAAGAGUGAGUCCAGAGGAUGUCCAGCAGAGGGCAGCAGCAACCAGGUGUCUGCUCCUGGGGAGAAAGAAAAAGACACAGGAGAUUCAGGGCUGUGAUGCACAUCCGAGUCCUGCUGUUGUCACAGGUCACAUAGCCAACUGUUGUGUCUUUUAUUACAUACAUCCACUAUACUGUAUAUUUUCUGAAAUGGAAAUAUACGGUUUCUGAUGCCAUCCUUUUCAGGAACAGCCGUCUGGUUUGUCCAGAAGGCUUACUUUGCCUUGAGUUGUUUUAUCAAGCUGUGCACAUUGUAUAUUUUUAAUUUGUAAACCUUUCACUCUGUCCUAUGUUUCUUCUAUCUUUGUCCGUUCUCAGGUGUGGACAGUACAGGGAGCUGACACCUUGCAUUAGGAAAUACUCAAGGAUUUAUGGUCACGUUAAAGAGUGGUUACUUAAUACUUUUUAAAAAACAUCUUCCCUAUAUUCCGACAAUGGUUUGAAACUCUGCACUGAUGUAGUCAUAUCAGACUGCAUAUAGGCGAUAGAAAACGAGACAAGGAGUAUGACAUACUUGACAUAGCUCACAGAUCACUCAGUUUGCUUUCGUUGUGGAACAUGUAUCUGUUAUGAAACAGAUCCGCUCAGACCAAGAGGACCAUAAAGACAUAAUGAAAAAUGCAUUUUUUCCAAAACAUCACACACAAGUAUCACCAGCUCUGUCAACAAUCAUCUGCAUUGUUAGUUUCUGCAACGGAGAUAGCCAUGCAAUUUGAGUUAUUGGUGUUGUUCCACUUAUGUGAAUAUUCCCUACUUUGGAAAUUCAUCAUGCAUUAUACAGCACCAUGACACAUUACAUACAGGUAGUAUUUCAAGUGAUCCAUCAAUGGGAAUAAAGUCCCUCCAGGAUGCAUAAAAGCAGAGCAGAACCAAAGCGCAGCACAUGUCAGCAGCGCAGCACAUGUCAGCAUAGAGAGUGAAUGUGAGUGUAAAGGCCUUUAAAUAGACGGCCAGAUCAGUGCAGAGGGAUGUGAUAGGUGUGUGAGGCUAGCUGUCAGCUGACACUACAUAGCUUUCUUUCCGGAGCUAGUUCAUUAAUUAGUGGCCACUAACUCUGCUGGGCUAACUACAGUGGUAACAACUACAGCAAUAUCUGACCCAGCAAACGUGCAGUAUAUUGCUCUGACACACAUACCUUUAUGAGUUAAUGGGCCUUAUUUAACUUUUCACUGCAGCAAAGUUACUUUUUUAAAUAAUUUACCCAGAAAACAAAAAUCACAUUAUAUUUGUUUUUUAUUCCAUUUUAAUUCUGCAUUAAAAUUUGGACUUUUUCGCAUUAUGACGUAAAACUCUGACUGAUAAUCAAUCUGAAUAUCUCUGACAAAUGUGAGCGGGAACUCUACUAUGUAGAGCUACUACAGGGCUUUGCAUUAUACCGCAAGUAGUAUAAUACAAAGCCGACAUGUUCCACUUGUGAAAUAUCACAGUGCUAAUGUGAUAUUUCAUUUAAAUGAAAUGGUCCUAUCUUACGCUUUAUUUUUUAUAUGAUUUUGACUUUCUACUUUUGCUUUCUUUUUUCAGUUCACCGUUCCUGUGUUUGUUUUUGUGUUUUCUCUUGCUCAGAUCAUCCCUUACUGAUCCUGGUGAAUAGCUGACAGUGACAAUAGUCACAAUAGUCGUGUUGCAUUGUUAACGUGUGACCUCUGAUGCACCAUCUUAGACACUUUGUACUUUUGGGCUGUUAGUGUAGAACAGUGUAUACUGUUGUAGCUGUAACCUCAGUGUGUAUGUCUGUAAUGAGUUUUUGUGUGUAUGUGUUUUUAUGGAUGUGUGUGUCUUUUGGAUGGUGGAGGUUGUGAGUGUGUGUGUGUGUGUGUGUGUGUGUGUGUGUAGCUAGCAGUGAAUGGGGUGUGACUGUGUUUGCAUGGUUUGCUGCUGGACAUACUGUACAUUCCGGUACUGUGAUUUUUGUGCCGUAAAGUGCUGUUUUUGACUCCUCUUUGUUAUAAUCGUGGCUGUGAAAAUUGUUAGAAAAACAUGGUAAGAACAGUACAAAAAUUUAACUUCAGUAUAAAUGUUAGGUGAAGAAAAUGCAGGACAGUUAUGCCUGCAUAAGUCUGAAAUUGUUUGAAUCAUUUCAUAGUGCACUCAUGUAUUUUCUUGAUUUUGAAAUGAAAAAUCUAUUGGACCUUUUGUGUAGACAUGUUUAAAAAAAUGUUAAAGAUUGUAUGACUUUGUCCUACUUUAGGUGAUUUAGAUAAGUAUGAUCAGUUCUGCAGUCAUGACCAUUGUCUAUCUAUUCUGAAGUGUUAAUGAAAAAAUAAGCUCUGUCUACAGAAUGUUAUUGUUUUGUAAUUAUGUGGCUAAAAUAGAAGAAAUAUGUAUGUAAAGGACAAAUACUAAGUAUAGUAGAAAACACAAAAUAGGAGACAAUCUAUGCCGCAAAGAUUAUUUUACUUAAAUUAUGUAUUUAUUUUCUUAUUUAAUUGUUAGAUGAGCCUGAAUUCUGCUGGCCAGUGAGGGAGCAUUAUUUCAAUGGAAAUGUCAAAAUGAUAUAAGAGAAUAUUGAUAAUUAUUUCCUUUUUCUAUUUGGAACAGUGAAGAGAGAGUUUGAUUUCUCCGGUUUCCAUUUUAGUAAAUUCAGGUGAAAUGUUGCUUUCAUUGUCUGAAGUGUAGAUUGUUUAGUCUACAAGUAUUUGUAAAAUUGUGAAUGAAAUUGACAAAAGAAAUAUAUCAAGCCUGUGAGAUACUGUUUGCAUAUGGAAAUGGUUUAUUUGUGUGAAAUCAUCUGUUCAGUGAGGCGAGAAGGGUUGCUUGCUUUGUUCUCCAACCCAAAAACUAGUGCAACACUGUCCAAAGAAAUAAUAUACUCCCCUUCAAAUUGU